AUGAAUAUAAAAGAUAGAACUUCAGAAUUUCAACAAAGCGUGUUGAGUUACAAGAAAAGAAACAAAAACUUUAAGGAUCAGCAGAGAGAACGUCUUCAGGAGCAAGAAAAUGGAGACUCCUUCAACCACACAACUGGCAAUGGGAAGAAUGUCUCUGAGUUUCAAAAAAAGGCUUCUGGUAUAGCCCAUGAAAUUUCAUCCACCGCCCAACUACUAUCUAAAUUAGCCGUGCUGGCCAAGAGGAAACCGAUGUUCAAUGACAACCCCGUCGAGAUUGCUGAGCUGUCCUUUUUGAUCAAAAGGAAGAUUUAUGCCAUAGAGCAAAGUCUAGUACAAUUAAGUCAGCUUAAGAAAACUGACGUGAGUGGUAACACAUCAAAUCAAUCUUCUAACCAGCCCAGCGCCGUGCAGCACUCAAAAAAUGUUGUGAAUCUUUUAAAUACACAAAUGAAAAACAUAUCGGGAAGUUUUAAAGACGUAUUGGAGGAAAGGCAACGAUUAGAAAUGGCAAACAAAGACAGAUGGCAAAAAUUGACCACUGAUACUGAACAUGCAGAAGCUGAUGACCACACACAAAGUAAUCACGCCGUGGAUUUGACCACGUACAACAACUCCAACCCGUUCAUGACCUCACUACUAGAUGAAUCCUCAGAAAAGAAUAACAACUCGUCCAACCAGGGGGAGCUGUCUUUUCCUCAGAACGACUCUCAAUUAAUGUUAAUGGAGGAGGGACAACUAUCCAAUAAUGUCUACUUACAAGAAAGAAAUAGAGCAGUGGAGACAAUAGAAUCUACCAUCCAGGAAGUGGGGAACCUUUUUCAACAACUGGCCUCCAUGGUCCAAGAGCAAGGCGAAGUUAUCCAAAGAAUUGAUGCAAACGUAGACGACAUCGAUUUAAACAUCAGUGGUGCUCAAAGGGAACUUUUGAAAUACUUCGACAGGAUAAAAAGUAAUAGGUGGUUAGCCGCGAAGGUUUUUUUUGUAAUCUUUAUAUUUUUUCUGAUUUGGGUUUUAGUCAAUUAA